AUGACUUUACUGCCCCCAACCCUCGCUCAGUCCACCUUGGGCGAGAAGUGCGCAGUAUACAUAGACCAGGUCACCGACAUCCUCCCCGUUCACUUACAUUCCCUCCGCCAUCAACUGGACCCUAUUCUCACCUACCUGUCCAACACGCCCCUCGGUCCUCUCGCGAAAAAGCUGCCAUUUGCCCCAGACGACCAGCCUAUCGCCCUCUUUGCAGCUGUUGCUAUCUGCCUGUUCACCGUCGUGAUGAGUUGGCGCAACCCCUUAAAAAUGCUGCGCCGCUCGCCGAGUUACGCUCCCGCAUCCAACCCGCAGGUUAGCGAUGAGGACUUCAGCUAUAUCACACCUUCAGACAUCGCGGACCCGCCAGUAGAUGACGCCGAGCCGGAUAUUAUUGCCCUCCGCCACCGUGGCACCAUCUACCCAUUGCGCUUCCGCGCAUACGCGAUCGACGACGGUGUCUUGACCAUCGGAGACCUACGAGAGGCUGCUGCUGAGAGCACAGGAGCCGGCCACCCGGACUGUGUGAGACUCCUGUACAAGGGAAAGCUACUUAAGAACAACGCGCGGACAUGCAAAGCUGAAGGGCUCAAGCAGCACUCUGAGGUGCUAUGCGUGGUAUCCGAAGCAGGAGCAGGCUCCCCGAGCGAUGUCUCCGACGACAACGGACAAAACAUCCCCGUAACUGCACCAGCACCAGCACCAUCGCCGCUGCCCCGCCCCACUAGCGCAGGAGACGCAUCGUCGCCUCCCACACCCCCGAGUGGAAAGAGCAAGAACUCGAGAAAGAAGAAACGCAAUGGCAAGAAGUCGCCCGUCGGCACAGAAGCCCCCGGUCCAUCUCGGCCCCCACGGCCUACGUCGUCAGGCCACCCAGGCGUUCCCGCCCCGCCGCCUAACAUCAAGUUGCUGCAUACACCGCUGGAACAGGUCACUGCUUUGGCCGGAUGGUUCGAGCAGGAGAUGAAGCCGCUUUGCGAGGAAUACAUUGCGAACCCGCCUAGUGACCCGAAGAAGCGGGACUAUGAACAUAAGAAACUGAGCGAGACGAUCCUCGCACAAAUCCAGUUGAAGGCGGAUGGAAUCGAGCCAAAUGGUGAUGAGAUGGCCCGGAGUGCACGCCGGGCCCUCAUCAAGGAAACGCAGGCGGUUCUCGGCGAGCUGGAUAGAAUUGCAUAG